GCUGCCAUUAUACAUAAACGGUAACACAUGCCCAACGAACGAAAACAUAAAACAGCAAGCCGGAACUAGAGAGAUGGAAAAUUCAAAUGGGGGAGAUAUCGAUGAGACACAAAGGAGCUGCUUCGACGCAUGGAUGAGCUUGCAAGCUCAGAACAUGGUUGACCUGAAACAUGCCCUCGUCGACCACAGAUCAGUGGACCAAAACCAUGGCUUGGGCCAUCGUAACUGUAUCGACGAAGCCCUCAGAGAGUUGAACCAAAAGAUUGUAAGGGACUUCGAGCAAUACAUGAGGAAACGUUACGAGCUCGCUCGUCGUUUCAGCUCUCCUUAUUUCGCUCCUCCAUGGAAUAGCCAGUUGGAGAACGCCCUCCUCUGGAUGGGGGGCUGUCGUCCUUCGAGCUUCAUCCGCCUCAUCUACGCCCUGUGCGGAGCUGAGACGGAGAUGUUCCUGUCCAAAUUCAUCGACUUGUCGUCGUGUCCGAACUACUCCCCGGCAACCGACGUCAUCGGUGAGGUCGAGACAGGAUGCUCCAUUGGCGGGCUGACGACGACCCAGAUGAGGAAACUCAACGACAUACAUAUUGCGACUGUACAAGCGGAGGAUAAGCUUACGAGCCGCGUGGCGAGCGUACAGGAGGACACGUCGGACAAGCCAGCUGCCCUCGUGGCGUACUACGUGGAUUCCGUUGGAGGGUCUCACGAGGCGGUGGAGCGUGCAUUGGACAAGCAGGAAGCUGCUCUGGCAGAGAUCGUGUCGGAAGCCGACAAGCUCAGGUUAUCGACCAUGAAGAGUAUCAUCGGGAUCUUGUCGACCGUUCAGGCAUCCGAUUUUCUGUUCGCCGCCAAGAAGCUUCACCUUUCCAUGCAUGAGUGGGGAAGCCUCAGAGAUCGUCGCCGUCGUAAUGUCUGUGCCUUCGCCGGAGAAGACGGGCCCAGCAGAGUCGCCGACGAGUAAUGCAAUCGUCCAGUUUCCUUGAACGUAUUUUGCAUGAGUGGUUAAUUUGCUUUCGUAUCUGAUGGUUUUUUUUUCAGAAUCAAAUAAUGAUAAAUAUAGUUUUUUUUA